AAGAAGAAGACAGACAAAGCCCAAUCAAAACAGCCGAAGUGAUCAUCCGCCGAAAUUUAAAAACAUCCUCUAGCUUAGAAGCUACUAAGAUGGCACAAGUAGAGCUAAAAGAAGGUGGGUUCUGCUCGUUAAACACAGUGGACUUUAACGAAGAGAAUAUCAAGAUGUAUUUCUUCGAGAACAGACUUAAAACCUUUGGAGGGUGGCCUUUCCAGGAAGACUGCGUAUGCACCCCUGAAAACAUGGCCAGAGCCGGCUUCGUCCACACCCCCUCAGAGAACAGCCCAGACGUUGCAACGUGUUUCUUCUGCCUCAAGGAGCUGGAAGGCUGGGAGCCAGAGGAUGACCCAGAGAAGGAGCACAAAUCUCAUUCAUCAUCCUGCCACUUUAUCGCUCUGAAGAAAAAAGUAGAAGAUCUGACCACAGAAGAAUUCUUCAAACUUCAGAAGGAGAGGCACAAAUUUAUCAUAAACAAAGCUGGAAAUGAGGCCAUUGCCAAGUUUGAAGAAGCAGCCAAACUGAGACGAGUGGAAAUCUUCAAGACGGCCAUGGGAGAGGAGUGAACUGGGAAUCGAUCCAGACAGGGAGAUGGGAGGGAGGUGUGCCUGAGUGGAAAGCUGUCGAGGCUGAGCGAUUUCUCACUGAAAUCAUUGUAUUCAUGUCUUUGCUGUGCUGUUAAUUGCACUCUGUGUUCAUUCAUUAAAGUUGUUCUGUCUUAAAUGUUA